AUGACCGAGGAUAAAUCACAUAGCAGAGGAGUUCUUGGCCCAUCUGCCCUAAGGGAAGGAAAGACACUAAAUGUCAUCAGUCGCCUGCCCUUCUAUGGGGACAUCAUCAACCACUUGACCUGUGAGGUCCUGGCUGUCCUGAAGUUGGCCUGUGCUGACAUCUCUAUCAACGUGAUCAGGCAAAAGGCCUUCUCCACUUGCUCUGCCCACCUCACAGUUGUGGUCAUCUUCUACAGGACCAUCCUCUUCACGUAUGGGAAGCCCAAGUCGAAGGACCCACUGGGGGCAGACAAGCAGGAUUUUGCAGACAAACUCAUCUCCCUCUCCUAUGGAGUGGUCACCCCCAUGCUGAACACCAUCAUGUACAGCCUGAGGAACAAGGGUGUGAAGGCUACUGUGAAGAACCUGGUAUUUCAGAAACCCCUAACUGAGUGA